GUUAUCGCCAAUUUGAACAUGUUCGAGUGGCUAGCAGCGGACAAAGAUUUCCCGCGACGCAUUUGAAUAAUUCGUCGGCCCGCGGUCUGCACUACGCCUGCUCAUACCGCAGCCAUGAUCAGAUCUUGCCGGCCAGCCCGGCUGUUAAACCGCAUAGGUCUGCCAUGGAGUCACGUUAGAAGCAAUUGCCCGUCACGAGGGGCGACCAGGGCACUCACUACCGGUACCCGCGUCAGCCCGGCGCCAAAGGAGCCGACCGAGCGCGACAAGAUCACCACCCUGCCCAAUGGCAUCCGCGUGGCCUCAGAAGACCUCCCUGAUGCCUUCUCCGGAGUGGGUGUCUAUAUCGACGCCGGGUCCCGGUACGAGAACGAUUCGCUGCGAGGCGCGAGCCACAUAAUGGACAGGCUAGCGUUCAAGUCGACGGGGUCGCGGUCUGCCGACGAUAUGCUGGAGACGGUCGAGAAGCUGGGCGGAAACAUUCAAUGCGCCUCGUCCAGAGAAUCCAUGAUGUACCAGGCGGCAACCUUUAAUGCUGCCAUUCCCACCGCGGUCGAGCUGUUGGCAGAAACCAUUUGCGACCCCAAGCUCACCGACGAGGAGAUUGAGCAACAGCUCCUUACAGCCGAGUACGAGGUCAGGGAGAUAUGGUCCAAGCCUGAAUUGAUACUGCCCGAGCUCGUGCACACGGCAGCGUUCAAGGACAACACGCUAGGAAACCCCCUUCUCUGUCCCGAGGACAGGCUGAGGUCGAUCAACAAGGACGUCAUCCAGGCGUACAGAGACGCUUUCUACAGGCCGGAGAGGAUGGUGGUGGCCUUUGCAGGCGUCCCGCACCAAGAAGCCGUCAAACUUGCCGAGAAAUAUUUUGGGAAUAUGAGGUCUCCAGAGCCAGUGUUAUCGAGGACAGGGUCAGAAACAUCGCUCGGAUCUUUGACAUCAGACUCUAGUGAUCCGUCAAGCCUUUCAUCCUCCUCAUCACCGGCGCCCUCGCCUGGCGAACAGAAACCGGCCAAACUCCUCUCCAAAAUCCCCUUCCUCAAGCGGUUCUCCGCCACCGAACCCCAAAGAACCUCUCCCGUGUCCACUAUUGAACCCAUUACAGCCGAAGAUUUGAACCGGCCGGCCCACUACACAGGCGGCUUCCUCUCCCUCCCGCCACAACCACCCCCGCUCAACCCCAACCUCCCGACCUUCACCCAUAUCCAGCUCGCCUUUGAAGGCCUGCCCAUUUCCUCGGAUGACAUUUACGCCCUCGCAACGCUGCAAACCCUCCUCGGCGGUGGUGGCUCCUUCUCGGCGGGGGGGCCGGGCAAGGGCAUGUACUCGCGGCUGUACACCAACGUGCUGAACCAGCACGGCUGGGUCGAGUCGUGCGUCGCCUUCAACCACUCGUACACGGACUCGGGCCUGUUUGGCAUCGCCGCGUCGUGUUUCCCCGGCCGCACCCCGCACAUGCUGCAGGUCAUGUGCCGCGAGCUGCAGGCGCUGACCCAUGACUCGGGCUACUCGGCGCUGAACCCGAUCGAGGUCGCCCGCGCAAAGAACCAGCUCCGCAGCAGCCUGCUCAUGAACCUCGAGAGCCGCAUGGUCGAGCUCGAGGACCUCGGCCGCCAGGUCCAGGUCCACGGCCGCAAGAUUCCCGUCCGAGAGAUGACGCGCCGCAUCAACGACCUGACGGUGCAGGACCUGCGCCGCGUCGCUGCCAUGGUGGUCGGCGGCAUGGUGGAGAACAAGGGCAAGGGCAGCGGCGCCCCGACCGUGGUCCUGCAGGAGGCCACCGCGCAGGGCGUCAAGACCACGCAGAUGACCUGGGAGCAGAUACAAGACGUCAUCUACCAAUGGAAGCUGGGGAGGAGGUGAAAUCAAAGGAUUGUAUACGUCUAGAUGACAGGACAUGUGUGUAAGAUAAAAAGGGAGAUGCGAGUGUAACCAUUAGACUUUAUAGGAUUUGGAGCCUGGGAUUGGAUGUUCACAUAUCAAUAUCCGGCUUAGGAAACGUAGGAGGUGAUUUGCCGCUGCGUGCAGUCAUAUAUAGAUGAAAUAUCUACACCCUAGAG